AUGGCUACGCAGUGGAAAAAUGUGAAGGUUGGCGACAUUCUGCGUGUGGAAAGUGACCAGAUGUUCCCAGCUGAUAUGGUGUUGCUGUCGUCAAGCGAACCACAAGCAAUGGCCUACAUUGAGACAUCCAAUUUGGACGGCGAAACGAACCUGAAAAUUCGCCAAGGACUCGAAUGUACCUCGCAUUUGACCGAAAUGCAUGCAAUCGCCGAAUUCCACUGUAUGAGCCAACUGCUGCUGCGCGGUGCUCGUCUGAAACAUACGCGUUGGAUAUGUGGUGCAGUGCUGUACACUGGGCACGAUGCCAAGUCCAAUAUCGAUUCGAUAACCAAUCAACGUAUUCUUUUUUUAUUUUUUAUCUUAAUUACCCUUGCUGUUGUAAGCGCUUUUGGAGCAUAUCUCUAUGAUCAUCGCAAACUCAUCCAUGCCUAUUAUCUUGGCUUCAAAGGUGCGUUUCAUUUCUGUUCCUUUUGGCUUCCGUUUAAAAAACGUACAGAACUCCAGGACUAUCAGCAGGCUGUCCACCGAGCGAUGCAAAAACGGUGGUCAGCCCAGCUGGAAAAGCUGGUAGCUGCAUAG